CAAGUAAAGUUUCGAUAAUCGUAAAACUUCGCUAUUGGCAGAAAUCCGCCUUACGGUUGGAUUCAGCGUCGUCAUGAAGCCGUCCUCGUUGGUAGAAUAUUAUGGAAGACACUCCAACUACCGCUGCGGAUAUUGCUCGCAGGCGGCUUCCUGCCAUUCGUACGGUAUGUGGGCGCACCAGAUGAGCUGCCAGGAUUAUCAGGAUCUGAUUGAUCGCGGCUGGCGUCGGUCCGGAUGUUACUGCUACAAGCCGAUCAUGAACGUUACUUGCUGCCCAUCGUACACGAUCAAAUGUGAUGCGCUCAACUUCCAGCUGAGCAAGUCGCACAAGAAAAUCAUCAAACGGGUGAACAAGUUCCUGCGCGAUGGCAUCAAAGAUCCGAACGAAAACCAAGCGUCCGCCGACCACGGGGAAAGUAGCGAUCGCGUUAUGAUGGAAGCCCCACGGGCUCCUUCGAAGCAACCGCAGUUCACAGAUAUGUCGGACGCUAUGUUGGAGGAUAUGGCUGUUGCUAAGUCGAGCGACGCUCCGACCGAUCAGGUAGAUGGAACAUGCAUGGCGAAAGUGUUCAGCGGACACUCAUCGAAAGUUUCGAGCAAGUCGAACGGCUCCGCGUCAGCCACUCCGCCAAAGAAGGCGAAGUUGUUGCGCAUCGAGCGAAAGCUUGAAAAGUUGCAAAAGAAGGGAAUCACCGGCGAGGAACUGAAGCACAUGAUGAUCAAAGCGAAGGGGCAGAAUGUGGUGAAAACGUUGGAAGAUUUCCUUGCCGAUGCACCGCAGGACGACGAACCGGCAGCACAUCGGUUGAAGAUUGUGACAGUUUCGACUUCCGGGGCACAGUUUAAAGAGGGCCAAAGUGUUUCGUUCGCUCUGUUUGAAAAGUAUCAGACGGCUAUCCACAAUGAUCGCCCCGGUUCGAUUGACGACUAUCUGGAGUUUUUGGUGGAUUCCCCACUUAAGACAUCCGGAGUAUUGGGCUCGUUUCACCAACAAUACUGGCUGGAUGACCGUCUGAUCGCCGUCAGCGUGAUCGAUGUGCUGCCGUACUGCGUCAGUGCGGUGUACUUUUUCUACGAUCCCGAGUUUCAAUUUCUUUCGCUUGGCACUUACGCUUCGCUAAGAGAGAUCGCUUUCUCGCGAGCGUUGCACAAGCAGGUGCCAACUCUCAAAAAUUACUACAUGGGCUUCUACAUCCAUUCGUGUCCCAAGAUGCGCUAUAAGGGGAACUUGCAGCCGUCCUACUUGCUCUGCCCGGAGGUUUUCUCGUGGCAUUUGAUCGACACGUCGGUCACGGAUAAACUCGACGCCAGCAGGUACUGCCGGUUGAACGAAGAUCCGGCGGCGCAGGAUGAUGAGCUGCCAAACGAGGGCGACCUACGCGAUAUUCUUGUGGCCCGCGAUAGUCGCGGUAUGCGGUAUUCGCAGUUCAAGGUAAUGCUGCGAUGUUUCCGAUGUUGCGGUGCGAUGGAACAUUUCGGAGAGCUUCCCGAGAUGGACGAAUACGCUCGGUUGGUGGGCAAGGAGUGUGCCUCAAGAAUGUUGCUGUGUGCCGUUUAAUCUGCGGGCGUCUCUAAGAGAGGAUCGUCUAUUUUAUUAAUACUGAGCGAUAUUGACGGUCGCUCUCGGAAUUGUAAUUUGUGUUUCUUAAUGUUAUUUCCGCCCAUAUAUUGGCAAACUCGCUACUUACUCCGCUACGAAGCACCAGCUAACAGAAAGCUGAUACAUGCAUAGAGUUCGAUUCAUGCAAUAAAGUUAUUUCAUCAUAAAAAAUUUUA